AUGGCUCAGGCUGAAAACACAGCUGCAGGUUCCAAUAAUAGCAGUAACAUCCAAAAUAUUUUAGCCUGUGAGGGCCAAUCCAAGGGACACAGAGGUUAUCAAAUGAGUGAACAUUCAAAUUCUGACCUUUCAAUUUGCCUAGAAUGUGAGCAUCAUCAUAGCAGGCUCUACUGGACAGUCAGUUCAAAUAGCACUUCUGAAGAAUGA